GUCAGUCAGUCAGUCAGUUGAACGCUGAGCUUCAAACGCGAUACGCCUCAUGUAAGCAAAGGCACCGGUCCGAGAUAUGGUUGAUAAAAAUUUUCCUGGGCGCGCAUUUCGAAAGUAAGGCAAGAAACAACUCGAAUGAUUGCGAGAGCUAGUUUCGAAUUUCUUCUGGUUCAUUUGUGAAUAGAUACGGAUACGACCAUCAUUCUUUUGACCUCAUAACCAACAUCGUAUCAAAUAUGUGUCAGAGACGUGAGAGAAUAGAAAAAAAAUGCAACAGAGAUUAUAUGAAUGAGAUCUACAAACGCGAUUGAAGCAGCAUUUCUUAAACCUGGAAAAACCAGAUCCUGCCAGCAAGACAAAAAGACAAACUGGCUAAUCGGAUAUUCAAAAUGCACACGUCGUUCGCGAGCAGUGUUUAAUGUUAUAUAAACCGUAGCGGCAGCCAAUAAACAAGACAGUUUCAUAUUUAAACACAAAAAAGAGAACCCUUAGUGCGGAGCAGGAACAACAGUGGUGGUGACUUGGGUCGUUUGGAAAUCGAGAGCAUGCCGACCAAAAAAAUCAUGUUUCGAAAUUGAGAAAGAAUGCGAUCAUCAUCAUCAUCAUCCUGCUACCCAAACGGAUGACUAUUUUCGGUGAAAACUUAGCUAAUUGUUUACCGCAUAAAACAGCGCAAUGGACGAAAAGAAGCAUGGAGCAAAAAGUUUAACGUGGUUCUUGCGCGCCGCAUUUCGUUGAAAAUCUGUUACCGCGAGCAUUGUUUUUUGCAAAGGGAAGCGAUAUCCAGUCGAUAACCUUGAAACCAGCGAAGCACAAAGAGAAAAGAAAAAUCCCGCAAAUUGUAGCCAUAACAGGCAGCUCAGUAAAAUAAGAAUCUUCUUUGGCUGAGGGCCGAGCGUUCCGAAAAAGGUAAAACGCUGGAACGACACUUGAAGAAGGUAUGAAGAGAAUCAAAGCCUGCAACAGACAGCCAGACUACUUUGUUGGAAGCAACGGAAUUCCGCGGCUAGUGGAGAAAGUUGUUCAUUCAUCCGAACAUCACGUCGGGAUGGAUUCCACGAGACGCACCAGCAGCAGCAUAUCACCGACCGAUCCGGUGAAGCUCAACAAGUGCUUGCACAACAUAAAAGUUAGAAAGAAUAACAUAGCGAGCUACCGCCAAAUAAAUCAAACCAAUCGCAACAAUAAAAUUGAAAGUGAUAUAGAGAUAAGGAAACAAGCGGACAGUAAAUCAAACUCAUCCACUAACAGUUGUAGCAGUAGUAGUAGUAGUAGCAGAAGCAGCAGUUCGACAAUUACAAAUUUAUCGCACAGGCCUGCAAGUUCAUCCUCGUCAUCGAUAUCAGUAUUGAAUAACUGGAGAGGUCCGGUUGCGUCACCGUUGAUGGCGCGUAUGUCUGAUGCGCGCAGAAACGGUGCCAGAUCACCUACCAUCACCCAGCCCAUUCCUAGUAAUAGUAAUAGAAAUUAUAACUAUACUUGUAGAGCCUCUAGACAAGCCACCGGUACCACCAGCGGUAGCAAUAAUAGCAACAUUCGGGUUAGUGGAGUCACUAAUUGGGGAUCGCCAGUACUGCUCAGCAACAGACAGCGUUCGAAUAUCACUUCAGCAGUUGAUUCGAAUCGAAUUGCUGAUUCCGUUGAACGCGUGAUGAGACAAUGCAGAUUUUCGCUAGCAGUGCCAACACCACCCCCGGCAACCGACAACCGGAUCAAUUACCAGAGAAAAUAUGACCGCACAAUUUUCGGCUACAACCGGUUGGAUCAGUUUGUGCUACCACCGUUGCAGAUAUGACCGUUUGGCAAAAUAAUAAAAGACUUGAACAUAA